AUGAGAUCUAGCAUAAUUGCUGCAGCCGCGCUGUGCGCGGGGCUGGUGGUGGGCAGUGGGAGCGGAAACGAUGGUCUACAGCGGGUCUACGACGCCGACACUGUCUUUACUGAGGAGAAGAUCGUCGCCGAUCUGGUGGAACAGCUAGUAUCUUUAAGUGCGGACAAAAACAGCACUUCCUGUGAGAAGUGCGUCGGGAGUCUGGCGCUGGGAAAGGUUCUAGCGCUGUCGCGGCCCCACCUCGUCCCCAAGGUAUUCGAAGAAUGGUGUCUCCUUACUACUGGGUUCAAGAUUGGGUGCGAGAAGUCGUUCCGGAGGAACACGCUUGAAGGUGGCUUUUCGGGUAGCAACUUCGUGGACAUGCUGGCUUUAAUGGACCCACACGGAUAUGAUGGUCAUCUUUACUGUCAUUACUAUGAAAAUGGCUGUCCAAAGCCGGAGACGCCGAACGUGACGCUGUCGCAUCUCUGGCCGGAGAAGCAAGCCAAACACUUCCACGCACCGGAACCAUCGGGGGAGGAAUUGAUCAACGUCCUACAUGUAUCUGACUUCCAUAUACAGCUUGAUUAUAAAGUCGGGUCUGAGGCACAGUGCAACAACGAUUUUAUGUGCUGCACGCCUUUUGCGACGUCCUCCUCGCAGAUAAAAGGUGGAUCCAAAAAGAGCCACUACAACUCCCUGUACGAGUCCUACUACAAGGAUGACAACUCCUUUGUGAAGGGUCGGCUAGUCGAUGGUUUUAACAACCUGACUGCGGAGAUUCCCGCGACCACCUUUGGCCACUAUUAUUGCGAUGCACCAGAGGUGCUAGUAAACUCGUCACUCAUCUCGAUCGUUGAGUAUAGUCAGAGAAACAAUAUUACGUUCGACUUUGCUUUAUUCACCGGAGAUCUGGUGGACCAUCGCGAGCGUGGCUUGAUCAGCUAUGAAAUGACAGUGCAAUCCGAGGAGGUGGUCUUCAGGGAUAUCAAGGCCAAACUGAAAGAUAUCCCACUCUACGCUGUGCUGGGAAACCAUGACAGCUUCCCCUACGGACAGCUGGCUCAGGAGAACUCUGGUUUCAAGAAUAAAUUCACCUGGAAUGCAGAAUUGAUGGCCGACUUGUGGGAGGACUAUGGCUGGAUAGAUCGCGAGGCGGCUCGCCAGGCUCGCUCGCACUACACAGGGUUUGCGAUUAACGCCAAACCAGGCCUCAAGGUCAUAUCCCUCAAUUCGAACGUCUGGUUCGACAAUAACCGUUAUGCGUACAUCAAUGCGUCGCAGCCGGACACAUUUGGUCAGUUCGAGUUCCUGAUCAAUGAGCUGCUGGAGAGCGAGGCAAAGGACCAAAGAGUCUGGAUCAUCGCCCACAUCCCCCCUAACUCAGACGCCCUGCCGGUGCCGACGGCUCUAUUCUCGGAAAUAGUCGAGCGCUUCUCCCCGUACACCAUCGGCGGCAUCUUCUUCGGCCACACCCACUUCGACCAAUUCGAGCUGCUCUACGCCGGUAAUGGCACCGAUACCAGCAUCGAAGCCCUUGUCAACUUUGCGUGGGUCGCACCCUCUGUGACCCCGUGGUACGGUGUCAAUCCGUCCUGGCGCUACUAUGCCGUGGAUGCGAAGACCUUCAGCGUCAUGAACUCCUACACAUUCUACGUGGACCUCAAGGAGACGUUUGACAGCAACGGCCUUGAACCCACCUGGGAGCUCGAGUACGACCCAAGAGAGGCAUACAAGAUUGACUGGCCAGAGUCGGCACCUCUAAAUGCCACGUACUGGCACAAGGUAUCACAGAAAAUGAAAAAUGACACUGCCACACUCCAGCUGUACUCCGACCUCAUGAACAGACACAGCCCGCUGAGGUUCAAUUGCACGAAACCCGGCUCUUGCGACAACACCCACUGUUUAGUCUCCUCCUUCAACAUAGACCAGCGUGACAACUGCAAGUCCUUGCACCAAAUGCGGUUCUAG